UUAUUUGCUAUUGAAUCAAGCGGCUGUAUCAAUGGCGGAAGAAAAUUGCAAAAUCGAUGCCAGCAAGAGGAUUUUUUAGUCCCAGACGGGGAUAUCAACUUGUUUCAAGAAAAUCAUUGUCUUCAGAGGAUGAGUCGCUAGAUGAGAUUCCCCUGAUGUUGAAUUCAGACGAGGUGUACAUAAUGGAUGAAAAUGAAUCUCUCGUUCAAGCCCGGAGGCAGCGGCCUUAUGGCCAGUCCCGACUCUCAUACUGGUGCAAUAACUUCCUGGACACCUGCUGUAAAUGUUGUUUGAGGUGUUGCUGUAGAAAGAAGGAGUAUAAAGCCAGGACAAUCCCACUGGGUCUAGAGCGAAUGUCAGAAGAAAAAUACCCAAAGAAUGUUGUACGCAAUCAGAAAUACAGCAUUAUUACUUUCUUGCCAAAGGUUCUGUUUGAACAGUUCAAGUUCUUCCUCAACUUAUAUUUCCUGAUCAUGGCGAGCUCACAGUUCAUUCCGGAAAUCAGGAUUGGCUACCUGUACACUUACUGGGGACCUCUGUGUUUUGUGUUGUUUGUGACGAUGUGUCGGGAAGCGGUGGAUGAUAUCCGGCGCUACCGUCGGGACAAGGAGGCCAACUCACAGAAGUUCAAGAUGUUCACCAGCAGUGGUAUUCAGCAUGCACCCAGCUCAGGGAUCAAAGUCGGGGACCUUGUGUUUGUCGAGAAGGACCAGCGAGUGCCAGCUGAUAUGGUGUUGUUGAGGACUACAGAGAAGUCGGGGGCAUGUUUUAUACGUACAGACCAGCUGGACGGGGAAACAGACUGGAAACUCCGCCUAGCUGUACAGGACACACAGAGGCUGCCUAGCAAUGCUGAUUUGCUGGAUAUGCAUGGGCAAGUGUAUGCUGAGGCCCCACAGAAAGCCAUCCAUAGCUUUGUAGGCACCUACAGGAGGAUGGAGGUGAAUGGUGCGGAGGAGCCGUUGAACAUAGAGAACACGCUGUGGGCGAACACGGUGGUGGCGUCUGGCACUGCUCUGGGGGUGGUGGUCUACACAGGGGGUGAGAGUCGCAGUGUCAUGAACACAUCACAGCCAAAAAGCAAGGUUGGCCUACUGGACCUGGAGAUCAACACACUGACCAAGGUUCUGUUCUCAGCUGUUGUCGCACUCUCCAUUGUCAUGAUCCUCCUCAAGGGCUGGGGCGGACCAUGGUAUCGCUACCUGUUCAGAUUCAUUCUGCUUUUCUCCUACAUCAUUCCCAUCAGUUUACGUGUGAACCUGGACAUGGGCAAGGCCGUAUAUUCUUGGCUUAUCACCCGGGACAAGCACAUUCCAGGCACUGUGGUCCGCAGCACAACCAUCCCAGAGGAAUUGGGCCGUAUCUCAUACCUACUUACGGACAAGACAGGCACACUCACACAGAACGAGAUGGUGUUUAAGAAGCUGCAUUUGGGAACAGUUGCCUUCACACCAGAAACAAAUGAUGAGGUGAUAGCCCACCUGAAGACAGCCUACUCCUCGGGGACACAGACUGUGACACGCCAAGGCACACCGGUCCGCCGCACAGUGGUGACACGCAUCCAGGAGGCAGUGACAGCGCUUGCACUCUGCCACAACGUGACACCUGUAUAUGAGGACAAGAAUGAGGAGACUGCUGCAUUACAGACAGAGGCAGACAUGCAGAGCCAGCAGACAGUGGUCUACCAGGCAUCAAGCCCCGACGAGGUUGCACUGGUGAAGUGGACGGAGAGUGUGGGGUUGCCAUUAGUGCAGCGGGACCUCAACUCCAUGCAGCUGCGCGCUCCAAGCGGGGCCUUACUAUCCUACCAGAUCCUCGACAUAUUCCCCUUUACCUCUGAGUCCAAACGCAUGGGCAUUAUUGUAAAGGAUGAGGACUCUGGUGAGAUUGUGUUUUACCUGAAGGGUGCAGACAUGGUCAUGCAGUCAAUUGUCCAGUAUAACGACUGGCUUGAGGAAGAGUGUGGUAACCUGGCUCGUGAGGGCCUGAGGACGCUGGUGGUUGCCCGGAGGAUCCUGACAGCAGACCAGUACCAGGAUUUCCAGUCUCGCUACCACCAGGCCAAGAUGUCUGUACAGGAUAGGAACAUUAAGGUCCAGGGGGUGGUUGAGAGCCUGGAGCGUGACAUGGAGCUGCUGUGUAUGACCGGGGUGGAGGACAGACUUCAGGAUAAUGUCCGACCCACGCUAGAGAUGCUCCGUAAUGCUGGUAUCAAGAUCUGGAUGCUGACGGGAGACAAACUAGAGACGGCCACGUGCAUCGCAAAGAGUUCAAAGCUGGUGUCCCGGAACCAGGACAUCUACACGUUCAAGAAAGUGACGGGGCGUACAGAGGCCCACCUUGAACUAAACAACCUGCGCAGGAAACAGGACAAUGCUCUUGUUAUCACGGGGGACAGCUUACAGGUAUGCCUGGAGUACUAUGAGCAUGAGUUUGUGGAGCUAGCUUGCCAGUGCCCGUGCGUGGUCGUGUGUCGCUGCUCUCCCACACAGAAGGCUGACAUUGUCAAACUCCUCCAGGUCCACUCUGGCCGGAGAACAUGUGCAAUAGGUGAUGGAGGGAACGAUGUCAGUAUGAUACAAGCAGCAAAUGCUGGCAUUGGGAUUGUAGGAAAGGAAGGUAAGCAGGCUUCGAUGGCAGCCGAUUUCUCCGUGAACCAGUUCAGCUAUAUAGGCAGACUUCUCAUGGUCCAUGGCAGGGACAGCUACAAGCGUUCUGCAUCCCUGGGGCAGUUUGUGAUCCAUCGUGGGCUGAUCAUCUCCACGAUGCAGGCUGUGUUCUGUUCUGUGUUCUACUUCGCCUCCAUUGCUCUCUUCCCAGGGUUUCUCAUGGUUGGGUAUUCAACCAUCUACACAACAUGGCCGGUGUUUUCCCUGGUGCUGGACAAGGAUGUAACCCCGGAGACUGCCCUCAUGUACCCUGAACUAUACAAAGAUCUCACUAAGGGUCGGUCGCUGUCAUUCAAGUCAUUCUUUCUCUGGGUUCUCAUCAGCCUUUACCAAGGUGGUAUCAUCAUGUAUGGGGCAUUCCUGCUUUUUGAAGAUGAGUUUAUUCACGUGGUGGCCAUUACGUUCACCUCCCUCAUCCUCACAGAGCUAAUCAUGGUUGCCAUGACAAUACGCACAUGGCACUACCUUAUGGUCGUGGCCGAGCUUGGCAGUCUGGCUGUCUACAUCGCCUCUUUAGUUGUGCUGAGGAACUACUUUGACCCCAUAUUCCUGGGCACAUGGGGUUUCAUCUGGAAGGUCGUGGUGAUCACAUGCGUCAGCUGCAUACCGCUCUAUAUCGCCAAAUUCCUCCGCAAGAAAUUCAAUCCACCGGUCUACGCCAAACUGACUUAAUGAGACCAUGUCAGACUUUUACCUUAGUAAUCUUGUUUAUUUUUGGAAGGAAUUGAAACAAUAUCUUGUUGAGAAGAACAUUUCUUUAACUUGGAUUUAACAAAGCUUGUAAAUACCAUUCCUGUGUUUCGAGUAGCAAAGCUGCAAUGAUAUGCAACUAUUAACAUGCUGAAUAUUUUGUUUGUUAUGUUUGUUGUGUGUUUCUACAAACAUGGUGCUUUGUUUCAUGCAUUAAAACAUGUACAUUUUAAACAUUUACAUUUUGUAAAAGUGUUGAGAAAUGUUGAAUUUCAUAUUGUUAAUGAAUGUCUAUCCAUAUGUUACACGUACAUAUAUAUCACUUGCUGACCUACAGCUGACUUGAGUGAUCUUGACAAUUUUGAAUGAGUUUUACGGAAAUAGAAUUUGAGUAUCGGUGGCAAUUAACCUUUCGGAUGCAUUACGAAUGUAGUACACAUUUAAUAAAACAUUGUCUGUUGAAAUGUAUUUUGGAAAAAGAAUAGGAGCAUUACACUGUUGAUGACAUUAUGAAAACAGGAUUUUAUAUUUUUGUUGCCAAAUAUGUGUGUUUUAGUAAGAUGUUUAAGUGCUCAGAACUGUGGUGCAUAUUUCUUGUUUAAGUUAUUGAAGAAUAACCAUUCUUCUGCUGGUUGUGGACAUACUUAUGAUGAUGUAGAGUAUUUAUGUUCUGGUGAAGUGGGUUUAAUGUGUGAUUUGCAAUAUGUUUUAUCAUCGGGAAAUAAUAUUGCAUUAUACAACAAGUAGGGUUUCAGUUAUGGAAAGAUGCUGCAUCCUGUCCGUCUUUGGUAGCACCCUUCUGCCCUCUUGUAGACCAGCAUGGGAACCCUUUUGCCUUCAUAGAAUUAAAAACAUGACAAAUAAUAUGUAUGUUUUGAUUCAAAUUUGUUAAUUAUUAUUACUUCAAUGAAACAGGAUUCCUAACAUUCUCUGUGAAAUUCAGAGUGUUCAAGUUUGCAAUAGCUCGAUUCAAUCGGCCCGUUUCACUCUUAUUACCUGAACCUUUCUGCAGCACCCUGACUAAAACCCUGUGAUUCUCUAGGAUUGAGUGUGUUACCAGUAGCUUCAUUGAGUUACUGUUAACAAUUUAAGGUAAUAGAUGUGUAGUCUACAAUAUGCAAGGGUGAAAAAGCAUUGAAUUACAUUACAGGGUUAGAAUGUAGAACUGUUAAAUAGUUGGUUUUAUUAUUCGCUAGUUGUCCAAAGAUCUGGUAUAAUUUAUUGUCCAAAGAUCUGGUAAAUUACACCAUGUAUUGGGGCAGUCCUUUUGGACCAGUGGACAAAAUUUGAAAAGCAUUGUUAUAAGAUGAUGUACUGGUACAAUAUCUAUUUUUUAUCAUUUUAUUUUAAUAUCAUUGCAUACAUUUUGAAAAAGAGAUGAACAACGUAUUAAGCUAAUCCUAAACUUUAUCCAGUUAGACCUAUUAUUAUAAAUACUAAGUGAUAUAACUAUAAUUUGUUCUUGAUUUCAUUUUUUUUAUUUCUAAUCAUUAUGUAAUGAUUGUUCACUCAUACAUGUACUCAUAUCUUUAUUUAUUUAUACCCCCAUACGGAUGUCUUUCAGUUGUGUAUGUCUUAUUCCGGGCCUUUGUGCCAGACACUUGUUUUGUUUCAUGUUUUUUUGUGUUGAUGUAUGAUACACAGUACGGUAUAAUGUACGAAGUAUACCAUUACAUUUUUUUUGCCCUAUUUUAAUAUUUAACUGUUAGAUAGUAUACUUAGAUAUGUACAUGUAUAUCAUUCUCUUUCAUUUUAUUCAUUCCGUCAAGGUGUCGAUGUUCCAAGGAUAGUAAGGUGUAACUCUGAAGCCUGGUGACCGCAUAAAAUUUUGGUAUCAUUUCAAACAAUAUUGUAUACUGAUAACAUAUAUGUCAUAUUGUCUGGUAAGUGUAGUGGUUAGCACACUCCCUUUUCACUAAGGCAUCCCUGAUUGGAUUGCCAACAUGUGAGUUUCAUUUGUGGUAACCAAUUUGACAUGGGGGAUUGCUCCGGUUUCCCCCAUAAUACACCAGCAACCUCUCACAUAACCUUGUGCCAACAAGAGGGAUUGAUAAAAUGUUGUUAUAACUCCUUUCACAAUCAAAAUUAAGAUCAAUAAUCUGAUAUUUGUAUGUAAAAUAUACAUCCGAAAAAAACACUAUUUCAACUGAAAUCAUCAAUUUAAUGGCCUGUUUUGCAAUCUCCGAAGGCCAAAAAUUUGUGUUUCCAUUACUUUUCGGAUUAUUUUUUAUGUAUUUUCCUUUUUCUACUGAUAAAACACUUUUGGUGACGAGGUCGAAAUACAAUGUGGUCACCAGGCAUCCAAAGUUCACCUACUUGUACACCGAUUACCUUAAUCUUUGAACACUUUUAGUCAUAUAUACAUGAUGAUGUGGCCACAUAUUUUAUGGUUAAUGGUCUUGUUUUAUUGAUUGAUAAAUUAAUAAAUAUAAAUUGUUC